UACACCUCUCUCGCUCUCUCUAUCGAACAGUGUCUUCUUCUCCACUAGCUAACGUUGCUUUCGUCCCUACUCAAGUUAGCUACGGAGUUCUUUUUUUUUAUCUCUCAGAAAGAGAAAGAGAAAGAGAAAGAGAGUCUCUCUUAAGAAACAACAAUACCUUCUUCUGGAAAGCUCUGUAAGAAAGAAAGAGUGAACUUCAAUGCAGACUCUUUGACCGCCAUUGACGCGCCUUCCUCGCCGGCGAUUUAUGCUCGCUUACUGACAAAGUUCAAACCUUUAUCUACUCAACCCUCUCUCUCUCCUUCUUCUGAGAUUGAGUCGGUGUUGUUGUUCGUGAGCUUCCGUUUAUGGAUCUGACCGGAGAAUUUGAAGCUAGAUCCUACGGAGGUGGGGCGACCCGGGAAGCUACAAGGCUUGAAUCGCUUCAUCUCGGAGAUGAAUUUCGACAAUUAGCGCUACCUCCGGAGAACGCCGGCGGGUUCACGGCGUUGCUUGAGCUUCCGCCUACACAAGCCGUAAACCUUCUCCGUUUCACUGAUUCGCCGUCUUCUUCUUCUCAAGCGGCGGCCGUCACCGGAAUCUCUCCACCGCCGCUUCACUCUUACGGGACUCUGACUUUUCCUUCUGACUCAGUCCUCAUGGACCGAGCAGCUCGUUUCUCCACUGAGCAUCACCAAAACGGUAACGUUUCCGGUACGAGCUCGUUACCUUCCAACUCCAGCGUCAAAACCGAGCCUGCUGAGACCGAUUCAUCUCAAGCGGUGAACAAUCGAUCUGGCAAGAGGAAAGAUUCCGACAAGAAGGCUAAAAGCUGGACGAAGAAGAACAAAAGCUCUGAAGAGAACGAGAAUCUGCCGUAUGUUCAUGUUAGAGCUCGCCGUGGUCAAGCAACAGAUAGCCAUAGCUUAGCAGAACGAGCAAGAAGAGAGAAGAUUAAUGCACGUAUGAAGCUGCUACAAGAACUUGUCCCAGGCUGUGAUAAGAUUCAAGGUACAGCUUUGGUGCUGGAUGAAAUCAUUAACCAUGUCCAGUCUUUACAACGUCAAGUAGAGAUGCUAUCAAUGAGACUUGCUUCAGUAAACCCCAGAAUCGACUUUAAUCUAGACACUAUAUUGGCUUCAGAAAACGGUUCCUUAAUGGAUGGGAGCUUCAACGGUACCGCAAUGCAAGUUGUUUGGCCUCAUCAAGUGACUGAGACCGAACAGUCCUAUCAUCACCGGCAACUGCAACAACCGCAACAAUGGCCUUUUGAUGGCUUGAACCAGCGGGCUUGGGGAAAAGAAGAGGAUCAAGAUCAUGGCCAAUGACCACAACAGUUUGAUGGUGGGUUCUGCUAAUUUGCACCCAUAUCAGGUCAAAAUGUAUGCUAAUUUGCACCCAGAUCAGGUCAAAAUGUAGUUUUAAGUUUGGGGAAAAACGAUAAUAGAUUAUGAAUGUGUAUAUAUAUCGUGUAAGCUUUGUAUACAAAUAGAUAUCUGUUAAGAAGGUAUCAAUCAUUUCACUCAGAGAGACAAAACUGGUAUAUGAUUAUUUCGUACUUUUACCAGA